CGUGGGCACUAAAAAAAGAACUUUUGUCUGGGAGUAGAAGUCGCUUCUGACCAACUGCUUCUGAGUCUCUUCAGGACUCCCAGAUGGAUUCAGUGGAAAAGACAACAAACAGAAGUGAACAAAAAUCCAGAAAGUUUUUGAAAAGCCUCAUCCGGAAACAGCCCCAGGAGCUGCUCCUGGUCAUCGGGACGGGCGUCAGCGCCGCAGUGGCCCCCGGGAUCCCCGCCCUGUGCUCGUGGAGGAGCUGCAUCGAGGCCAUCAUCGAGGCCGCGGAGCAGCUGGAGGUGCUGCACCCCGGGGACGUGGCCGAGUUCCGCAGGAAGGUGACCAAGGACAGGGACCUGCUGGUCGUCGCCCAUGACCCGAUCCGGAAGAUGUCCCCUCGCACGGGCGACACCAAGCCCAACUUCUUCCAGGACUGCCUGAUGGAGGUGUCCGACAACCUGGGGCAGCACAUCCAGAACCCGCUGGUGCUGCAGUCCAUCCUCAGCCUGAUGGAGAGCGGCACCAUGGUGCUAACCACCAACUACGACACCCUGCUGGAGAUCUUCGGGCGGCAGCAGAGCAGGCCCAUGGAGUCUCUGGACUUGAAGGACAAGACCAAGGUCCUUCAGUGGGCGAGGGGACACAUCAAGUACGGAGUUCUUCACAUUCACGGCCUGUACACAGACCCCUGCGGGAUGGUGUUGGACCCAUCGGGAUAUAAAGAUGUCACUCAGGACCCAGAAGUCAUGGAAGUUUUCCAGAACUUGUACCGCACCAAAUCUUUCCUGUUUGUGGGCUGCGGAAAGACCCUUCGUGACCAGAUAUUCCAGGCCCUCUUCCUUUAUUCGGUGCCGGACAAGGUGGACCUGGAGCACUACAUGGUCGUGCUCAAGGAGAACGAAGACCAUUUCUUUAAGCAUCAGGCAGACAUGCUGCUGCACGGGAUUAAGGUCGUGUCCUACGGGGACUGUUUUGACUAUUUUCCGGGGUAUGUGCAAGACCUCGCCGCUCAGAUCUGCAAACAGCAAAGUCCAGAUGCCGAUCGAGUGCACAGCACCACGUUGUUGGGUAAUGCAUGCCAGGACUGUGCAAAGAGGAAGUUAGAAGAAAACGGAAUUGAAGUUUCAAAGAAACUCAGACACUCAGAUGCUGAUGACGCUGGAGGAUCUUGAAAUCUUUAAAACCGGUAAAACUUGCAGCUUGAAAACCGGCCUUCUGUAACCACAGUGCCAUCCCAAACGAUGAGGAAUGUUAGCAAGCUCCGCACAGGGUCUCUCAGUCCCGAACCGUCAAAUACCCCAAAAGAGCCACGUGGGUGUGCGGCCCCCGGAGGCUGGGUGCGGGAGUUCCGCUGUGUUGAACUGCUCGGAGGUGACGCGUGCACACGGCAGGUAUCCUUUGUGACGACUGACAGACGACUACCUCAGGGACCAAGUCAGCGGGCAGGGACGUACCUGGUGUCCCCGACUCCCAUUUGACGCCCUCUUUGUCAGGUGGUUUUUUCUCUAAUAGAAGGGGGAGAGUAAAGACUGUCCAAGCAACAGUAGUUGCCAAAGAGAAAAUAAGACACUAGACACUUCAAUUUUAUAAUGUUUAUGUGGAAACAUC